AUGAAUCGUCGGCUCUCGAAGCGACCGCUUGGUCUCACGAACGGGUUCGAAACUCGACACUUGGCCCAAGAAGUUGCACAUGUCGUGGCGCUGUCGCUACAGCAAAACGCACGGAGUUACCAUCGCCAUCGGCUGUCAACUUCGGUGAUGAUUAACAGGAAACAGGGACUUUUAGCGUCGACAUUACAGCGGGCGGAACAGAAUGUGUCUGAUAUGACAAAUUAUCUGCAACGGGUCCAAGAAACGACUGUUGCUGCAAUCGGGACAAGUCGGGUACAAUCGGUGGUGGAAGUGGGGCCACGGGCGACAAGUUGUGACCAUAUGUGCGUCAUUUGCAUGGAUGGGGAUAUGACUGGUAGCAAAAGCACCGAAAAAGAAGAAGAAGGAGAAAGCGUGACGGCGCUGCCUUGUGGUCAUGUUUUUCAUGCUCAUUGUAUUGAACAAUGGCUACAGUAUCGACAGGUGUGUCCUAUCGAUCGAAUGGAGAUCGUCAGUGAUGAUACGGAAGGUGCUGCUAUAUGA